AGAUAUUUGGUCUCUUGGCUGUGUGCUUUAUGAGCUAUGUGCACUAAAGCAUCCUUUUGAAGGCAAUAGUUUGCACCAGCUGGUGCUGAAGAUCUGCAGAGGACAUUUUCAGCCAGUGUCUCCCAACUAUUCAUAUGACCUGAGGAUAUUGAUUUCUCAAUUGCUUAAAAUAUGUCCAAGAGAUCGACCAUCUGUUAACUCUAUUCUAAGGAAGCCCUUCUUGCAGAAGCUCGUUCUCAGGUAUUUGCCUCCUGAGGAAGAACUCGGUCACACUGUGAUACAUAGAAAAAGGUCUUCAGACUCGCAGCCUGGAGCCCAGCCGAUACAAGCAUAUAAACUUCAAAAAAGGAAAGUCCAAGACCAAGUUUCUCCGGAGUCUAGAAUGGUGAUGCCUGUCAAGAAACAGGAAUUAUUUCAAAGAAAUGAAUGGAAACCUGCUUCAAGAGGACAACAGCCUAUUUUUCAGCCACAGAGCUCCAGAUUUAACAUGGAAGAAAGGCCAGAAAGUAUUAGAGUACAUGGCCGUUAUGGUCAUUACUAUGACAAACUUGACAACUUGCAGAGGAAAGCUAAUGCACAUUAUGACCUUUCUCAUAUCAGCCAAAGAGUUGAGGAAUACUAUAAAGUGAAAGGGCAAGUUGCACCGCCACCCCCACCACCCAACUGGCCCGCAGAAUAUCUUCAAAGACGUUUUGAAGCCGAACAGUACAAGAUUAAAGUGGAAAAACAGCUGGGACUGCGACCAUCCUCUGCUGACCCAUAUCAUGACCAAAUACAGCGGCAGAAAAUAAAGGAAGAACAUCUCGAAAACCAUCAGCAAGGCAUGUUUAGAAAGAAGGAAAUGAAAGAACAGGAGUACCUGAAACAAUUGCAGAAAAUUCGGGAAGAGUACCACAGUGAUAUGAAAGAAUUUAGAUUUAGAGCAGGAGUACUCCAGGAGAAUCAAAAAAUACAAGAUAAAACCUAUCUUUUGAGGCAAGGGAAGGCUGAGGACCAGUCUGAAACCAAGGAUACAGCUGGAACAAAAGAAGAAUCACUUCAG